AUGGCCAUCCCAGGGCAGCGCUUCGAACUCGAUCUCGACGCAGACGAUUUCACGGUGAGGCCUCUCAAUGAAGACUUCUCACACGACUUAGCCGCAAACUUCGCCGUCAAGGAGGUUAGAGAGCACGAAGCAGAAACUCCACCACCUCCUCCUUCUUUGAAAUCCUCGAAAUCCGGCUUCCCAGAGCACAGACCCCGCCGGAAUAUCUCAGACUUCAAGAAGAGGCAGCAGGCUGGAGCUGUCCCAGCGCGGCCUUCAAUCUCCUCCCGGGUAGAACCUUCGGACAGAGCAAUCGCUCAUCAUGUGGGCAAGAAAUACGGAGUUGAUCUAGAGACCCAACAGAAGGCCGAGAUAAGUGAGGAGAAUAAGAGGCGCCUCGCUGAGAUGUCAGUCGAAGACAUAGCAGAAGCACGAGCCGAAUUGAUGAGCAACCUUAAUCCUGCUUUCCUCGAGCGGUUGCUCAAACGCGCCAAUAUUGACGAAGACCAACCCGCUCAGGAGGCUUGGCCCAGAGAUGAUCGAGAUGCAGCAAGAGAAACCCAGCCUGCUAUUAUUGAUACUGACACGUCGGCGAGUCUGGUCGAGGAUAAGCAAGUCCCAACAACGUCAAUUCACUUUCCUGCGCCUCCCCGAUCAGCUGAAGACUAUACGCCUCUAGAUACCGACGAUCCCUCUUUUCUCACAAAUCUCAAAUCACACUACUUUCCCGAAACGCCACACGAUCCUUCUUCGCUCCAGUGGCUGCAAGAUCCUACCGAAGAAGAAUUAAAGGAGUCCUUGUAUAAUCCUGAGAAGGACUCAUUUCUGGCGUCGGCUCUGCGUUUCGGCUUCAACGGCCGCCUCAUAGCGCCUAGAGAGAGCUUGGAAAUCGAUGUAAAGCAAGGUCUACACCAUCAUGGUGAUGACCCCAGCAGUGCAGGCUAUACUAUCCCAGAGCUCGCAAUCCUGGCGAGGUCCACCCUGCCCAACCAACGCUGCGUUGCGUAUCAAAUUCUGGGCAGGGUUCUAUACAGAUUGGGAAGAGGAGACUUCGGCGCUCGUGGUAGUGAGCUUGAGGAAGCCUUGUGGUCAGUGGUCGAGAGGGAAAAACCAAUCGAGGUGAUAAUGAGUGAAGCCAACCGCCAAUCCGGCCAUGCCAGCGCUAAAGCUCAUGCCAUCGAGGCCUUAUGGCUCUGGAGAAAAGGAGGAGGAGGAGAUAGGGGCGUUCUGAAACCAGGGCAGAGAGUGGCCAAGUGA